AUGCAGAGCUAUGACGCUCCAUUUGUCCCGGUGGUUUCUGCAGCAGAAGCAGCAGAACACCAGCACCAAGAUGAGGCAGCAGAUGCUUCCUCAAGGGUGGUUACCGGCUGUGCUAUGAUGGUAGCUGCUUUCUUUAUCGUUGUCUAUCAGAUAUACGCUGCAUGCAUUUCGAAGCUGAUGCCUCAUUUGGGCAUUUGGUGGCUUGACAGUGUGAAAGACGACUGGCAUUUCUUCAUCUUUCUUCCUGUUGCAAUAGGUACAUCGUCGGUAUUUGUAUACUGGAAUUGGUUCGCCAUCACGGUGUUCAGAAACAGCUGA